AUGAUAUGGGCACGCUUCCAUGAGAAACAGCUCUACUUCAACUUUUCUUUCCUUUGUUCUCAGUCUCUGUUUAAAUAUAGUAAAAUAACUCGACAACUUCAAAUACCCAGGCGACACGUACUCUUAUUGUGGUUUCCUGUGAUAUGA